AUGGACCCAACCAGCGACACCGAGUCCGAAACCUCAGAGAGCAAUGUUCUCCUGGGAACAGGCUCAGAAGAAAAGGCGCCCAGUUUACCCGCAAAGACCCCUCUCCUCCAGUCAUUGAAUCCGGCCGCGAAAGGUCAAACCACGGAGUAUGUUAAUUUGGCAGUCAAGAGUCUAUCAUCUCAAGACCUGGCUGGUCUCCUAGAUAAUGUAGACGGUCUGAAUGACCUCCAAGAGCCCGCCGACAUCCUGAUAGACUUUGUCCGAUGUCUUCCGAAUUUGCUCUCAGAGAGCACAGAUACUCUUGAUGCCUUAGCGACCUUCUCUUCCAUUGCCAAUCUGUCUUUUAUACAACGCCUAUUCCAUUAUAGGUCAAUUUUUCGUUUGCUUGCGUAUCAAGAGAAACCCGACAGCCAACAAAGUAUUGUUGUCACCUGGGUGGAUGUCUUCCUCGGAUACUUGAGCUUAUCGGCUCCGGUCAUCGCUUCCAGCUCUCGGCUCUCUACGGAUUCAAGUCAGCAUGCAACCCAAACGAUUGAAAUAAGGAGGGAAGAGGACGCUAUCCGAGCUAUGGCCCAAUUGCCAGACAGCUGGAACGAUAUUGGGCCGAUCCUUGGUUCUAUGGUCUUUUCUCGGGCUGCUCGACGCGUUGCAACUUCUUUGAUGUUCAUUGUAUAUGUUUUAACUCCGCAAUUGGCGGACGACGGGAAAUGGCCAGGCUCAAGCUCUUCGUCUCGUGAGCUCUGGCCCGCCAUUUAUUCGUCCACAACCGAUGCAUCGGCACAGUUGUAUUCGCCGUCACCUUUCGGCAACGAUGAGUAUGAAAGAAUCGGUCUCGCCAUGCUUUUGUCGUUAUUUUCUGCCACCGCGGCCGAAAUAGGCCUACAUGGAAAUGAGACAACCUCGGAACUUCUGUCUCUUCGUCCAGCGAGAUCUGCGGCCCUUCUUGGGCUCGUGAGAUUUGUCAUGAAUCAAUAUGACGAUGUAUUCUUACCUCUGGAACGACUCGACGCUGCUCAAUCAAUUUUAGUGAGGUGGGGUUGCUUUAUCCCUUGGAGUUGGUCGAUUUGGAAUGAUCACCGCAUCGCGAACGUCGAGACAUUGGUAUCAUUGAACGCGACAUGGUUUUACCAUCUGGAUGCACCUGUUGGCGAAUGGAGAGACUUGAACAGUGUCUUCAUGUCCGACCUGCGGCCAUUCUUGAAAUCGGACUCUAUUGGAUGCGCAGCAGUUAUCACGCGCUUACUGCAAGAAAUACUAGCGGCCAUCGAUUUAAAUAAUGCACCUCAAUCCAUCCUCCUUUGCAUUCUGGCAAAGAUUUGUUUGGUGGUUAUCCAGUACUUGGAAGCCAACCUAGUUCGACAUUGUCCCGAUGUUGACAAAAAAAUUGUGGAGUUCUCCCGAUGUCUGCUCCUGAUUUUCACUUCUCUCGGGUCCUCUGCUGAUUGUUAUAUCGCGAAGUCUUUAAUAAUUGAAGCUUUGUCCUUGGUCCAGAAAGGGAUAUUCACUGUCGCUGUCGGCAAUGUCACGGGAGACAACAAAAACCUCUUCUCAUUCAAACUAGAAAAGGCUAUGAAGCUAGGUGCCGUAGAAGUCUCCGAACCUGGCGUCUCGGACGUCGACAUGAACAAUGUCAAGUCACUCCUUGAAGUUUCGACAAUUCUCUUGAUGCACUUCAAGUCUGAUAAUUCGGUCUUAGGGUGUAUCCUGUCAUCCUUUGUCAAUUCGGUUGCUUCCAUCCUGGUCUCUCGAGGACCGGAGUCGCGCUUAGUGAAACAUCUUCUCGAACCUUUUUUAAUUACCCUGUACGCGUUUCGACGUCGUUUGGACACUCUCCCUGAAGCAAAAUUCGAAAGAACAUGUCUCGAAAUUUGGGCCCUUAUUCAUGGUCCGGGUUAUGGCAUGAUGCAAGCAGGAGGAUUCGCCCAGUAUCUGACAGUCUGCGAUGGGUUUGAUGACCCGCUCCUGUGUCAGGAAGCAUGGCACUAUCUCUUGGAUUCGCUUAGCUCCGCCAUCGACGCGCAGUUUUUAGACGACGAAGAGCCACUGGUCCUCAUCACCUGUACUGCCAUCUGCAAUGGGCUCAGGAAGCUCCUGCGGUCACCUUCCGCAUUCCACCUUUUGCGCUCUCCGUGGACUUCGAGCAUGAAGGUGUCAUUGAUGGAUGUCGUUGGCAGGAAAUCUCGUUCGCACGUGAAAGCGAUUUCUGAGAGAUUGAGUGGGGCUGGCAGGGUUUUACUUCGAGAAAUGGCAGACUUAGACUUGGUUGAAGGUCCCGGUGCUGCAGGGAAGGCGUAUAAGGAUGCGGUAAGACUGGUCUACUACCGAGACAGAUGCUUCUGCGGCGUAGUUCUCGUUUGCGAUGUCGAAAUUCGAGACGCUUAG